UGGGCUGUGCUCCCUUCCCGUCUCCCCCCACUGUCUCCCGGCGGGCGCAUCUGCUCAGGGGCGCCGUCCGCAUGCCCGGGCCUGCGGCGCUGAGCUGCGGGGUGGCCGCGCUGGUGGCUGGGAUCCUGCUGCUGCGGCUUGACCACGAGGGGCCCGAGGUUGGCCUUAGCAUGGCUGAGACCGAGGCGCUGCCGAAGCUUCGGGAAGACUUCAGGAUGCAAAAUAAAUCCGUCUUCAUUCUGGGUGCCAGCGGGGAAACCGGCAAAGUACUCUUAAAAGAACUCCUAGAACGGAGCCUGUUUGCCAGGGUCACGCUCAUAGGCCGGAGGAAGCUCACCUUCGAGGAGGAAGCUUAUAAAAACGUGAAUCAAGAAGUGGUGGACUUUGAAAAGCUGGAUGACUACACUUCUGCCUUUCAAGGUCAUGAUGUUGGAUUCUGUUGCCUGGGUACUACCAGAAAAAAGGCUGGAGCGGAGGGAUUUGUUCGCGUUGACCGAGAUUAUGUGCUGAAGUCUGCGGAGCUGGCAAAAGCAGGAGGGUGCAAACACUUCAACCUGCUGUCCUCCAGAGGAGCUGACAAGUCAAGCAAGUUUUUAUACUUACAAGUUAAGGGAGAAGUGGAAGCCAAGGUUGAAGAACUAAAAUUUGAUCGUUACACAAUAUUUAGGCCAGGAGUCCUGUUAUGUGAUAGACAAGAGUCUCGCCCCACAGAAUGGUUGGUUAGGAAAUUCUUUGGCGCCUUACCUGCCUCCUGGGCCAGUGAGCAUUCUAUACCUGUGGAGACCGUGGCUAAAGCAAUGCUGAACAACAUGGUGAGGCCAAGCGACAAGCAGAAGGAACUUCUGGAAAACAAGGCAAUCCAUGAUCUGGGGAAAGCGGAUGGCUCUCUCAAGCUGUGACCACACCAAAGAAAUGCUGUUUACUGCAAACCUCCACACUUGUUACCAAAUUGGUAACGUCCAGGUCUAGAAAGGAGUCUAUGUGCUCUACCUUUGUUAUUUUACUUUCUCAGCUUUGCAGAUGCAAUUGAGUCAGCACCCACUGCAUGGGUUUGUGGGUUGGUUUCGUCCCCUACUCACUCCCCCCCCCCCACUACCCAGCCUGUUCCUACAUGGAGAUCACUCAGGGAGCUUUUGAAAAAUAGGCAUUUGUACCUCAAGCCUUGUGAAUCAGAUGUUUUAGGGUGUGGACACUAUUGGGAAUCUGUAGUUUUCUUUGCACUACCCCUGGUGGUUUUGAUACCACUGGUGAGGAGGAAACCAGCUCAGAAACACAUGGCCGCAGUCAGAACUGCAGGAUAAUCCUGAUGCACCACACAGAUGAGCCCUGCUUGUACCUGUUGACAUUCCAGUCAAUGGUGUUACACAAAUGCUAACUCUGUGUAAAUGAACAUAGUGCCUUUAGUACUGUUUUAUAUUGUCAAAAUUUUGUAAUUCAUGGGGGAGAAGCAGAGGAAUAAAGACAAAUGGACAAAUCCUAGGUGCUGCUAAGAUUGUU